AUGAUAAAUUUACAUCGAUAUAAGGUGGUAAAGAUUUUAUUGAAAUGUCGGUGGCGAGCAAGCAUAAAUUGGACGGUAAUUCGGCUGAAAACCGAUGGGAGACACCCUACUGCCGGAAUAAUUGAUUGCGAUCGUACGAGACAACAUUGAAGAUAUUUCCAAAGAGGUAAAAUAUUUUUCAAAAAUGUUCAACUACGUUUUUACGUCCGGUGGUAUAGGUCCGACUCAUGACGACGUUACGUACGAAGCUGUAGCGUCGGCCUUUAACGACUCGUUGCAUUAUCAUCCGACGUUGGUGAAUAUCAUAGAGAAUUAUUUCAAUGCUGGAACAUUCCCCUCGCCUGCUUAUAAAAUGGCACACAUACCGACCAGAUCUGCGCUUAGAUUUGGCACAGGCGAGAUCACAGGUAAAAAGCUUACUUAUCCGUUUGUAAUGGUGGAAAAUGUUUAUAUUUUUCCUGGUUCGCCCACAUUUUUUGAAACAUCCUUUCAAACAUUGUGCAAGGAAUGUUUUGCCAGUUACAAAAGUUUUGCAGCAACCGAAGUUUACAUAAAUGCAAAGGAGGAAUCGUUUGCAGACGUGUUGCAUGCAAUUGCGCGGGAAUAUCCAAAUGUUAGCUUUGGCUCGUAUCCGGAAUAUAACAGGUAUUACAAAGUGCGUGUAACGAUCGAAAGUGAGAAUGAAAAAGACACCGAGGCAGCAAAGACAAUGUUCUGUAAUCGUAUUGCGAGAGACGUUCUAGUACAUUACGAUAGCACGCCACACGUGGAUUGCUCGUCAAAGUACGAUUCACUGAUUCAAAAGUCCCAACGUCGAUCAAUUUAUGAGCGUUCCUUCAAGAAAUUCGUGAAUUAUUAUGAGAAACCUGAGGACGUUUGGAUAUAUUUGGACGGCAGCGAAGAAUCGGUUCUUAUGGUACAUCUUGCUCGAAUCGCUAGUAACAAACUGCGACAUUGUUCAAAGUUGAAACUGCGUGCAGUCUGUCUUGAAUCGGAUGUAGAGAAGAUGGGUACUGAUGAGUUUAUUCGUGAGCUUAAGAACAGAUAUAACAUGGAGGUGCGUAAAUUGGAAUGCAAGGGAAGAGAUUGCGCCGUGGGCAAUUUUGCUGCAUUAAAACCAGAAUUGCGAGUGUUGCUGGUUGGAAAACGACAGAGUAGUAAGAAAGAAACGUACGACGAUAUUAUCGCACGAUUAAACGGCGAUUGUUCUUCGUCUGUGCAAGUACGUUUUCCUCUCAUUGAUUGGACAGACGACGACGUCAGAGAUUUCUUUAGUUCGCUCUGUUUACCUUACAAUAGAACUGAAACUUAG